UGUGCUACAGCUGGAGUCAUUUUUGUCACUGAGGACCUCACUAAACUUUAUCAAAAAUACUCUGAAACGCGACAGUGACUUUUGUGGUUUUCAGCGGCGGCUAACUGACGUUAAGUGAGAAGUAAAAAGUAGGCUUGUUUUGAACAAACAUUACAUUUUUCUUUAUAUUCAUCGCAGCUAGCGUGCUUCACAGCCUAUGUUCGACUGUCAGUUCCACGUCUGCCCAAUAUUAUCAGCAGGCGGUUAAAUCUCUAGUUUAAUGCGAAUCUCUGGGUGAUUUCAAUUCAUAGAGUAGACAUUUGACUAGACACAUUUCUCCUCGUUUGAAUGAACUGACAGUUCAAGCGACUGCAGACUGUUUUAAGCUUUGACUAAACUGGGAAAGACCGACAAUGUUUUCUUGAACUGUAUAGUGUGUAAUUCUAUAUUACACACUAUAUUCAUUCGGAUUCACCACAUCGCUCCAGAAGUCUACUUUUAAAUCAGUUUAGCCAGUACUUUUUUACCGUUUUGAUGUGUCCUGGGAGAAAACUGGACGUUGAGUCUGAGGGACGCCGCUUUAUUAUGUCGCUUUUUUUACGGCAAGUCUGAAGGGAAUUUUUAAAAGACCUAAAAAUAAAGUCUCGGUUUCUACUCCACAAAGAAUCAUUUGAACUUCCUACCGCAGAAGCACAAGGACAUAAAUAGUUCUGACAUGUGGAUGUAAUUUCAGAAAAAAGGCAGACAGAUGCAGAGAAAUAAAACUGGAGCGGGUGAGAGAGAGAGUGGGAACAGUUUGAAUCGAGCCUGCAGAUCUGUGUCAGCGAAAGCCGCGAGAAUAUAUUCAUAAUAUAAUAUUGCACUCCGUUAUAAACGAUGUGAUGGAAAGACGGACGGAUGAGAAAUGACUGGCUCUAUGACGGAGCUUAACUAGACGUAAACAUUAGAGAAAUACGCUGCGAUCAAUUUACAUGAACUUUCUUUCUGCCUCGGGAUGGGAGCCACGCUGAUCGUGCACACUUUGGGGUUUCUCUUUUGCGGCACCUUGCUGAGUUUCGUCUAUGGUCUGGUUGAUGCUGAUGAUGUCCUCACAAAAGAGGAGCAAAUAUAUCUUCUUUUCAAUGCUAAGCGAAAAUGUGAGCGAACAAUCAAGUCCAAACAUAAAAUUGCAGAGGGUUACUGCCUCCCGGAGUGGGACGGAAUUGUCUGCUGGCCCGAGGGAGCUCCUGGAAGAACGGUGUCCACUUCCUGCCCAGACUACAUCUAUGAUUUCAACCAUAAAGGACAUGCCUACCGUCGCUGUGAUCUCAAUGGAUCCUGGGAAUUGGCUUCCAAUAACAACAGAACUUGGGCUAAUUACAGCGAGUGUGCCAAAUUCCUUACACAUUACAACCCGAACCCAGAAAGAGAGGUUUUCGAUCGACUUUACCUGAUCUACACCGUGGGCUACUCCAUCUCGCUGGGUUCACUUAUGGUAGCGAUAGUCAUCCUCGGAUACUUUCGCCGGCUGCACUGCACCAGGAACUACAUCCACAUGCACCUGUUUGUGUCAUUCAUGCUGAGAGCCAUUAGCAUCUUCGUGAAGGAUGUGGUUUUGUAUUCGGGUGCAGCGCUGGAAGAGAUGGAACGCAUCACAGUGGAAGAUCUCAAGUCCAUUACCGAAGCUCCUCCUGCCAACAAAUCCCAGUUUAUUGGUUGCAAGGUGGCUGUCACCCUCUUUUUGUACUUCCUGGCGACUAAUUAUUAUUGGAUCCUGGUGGAAGGCCUGUACCUCCACAGCCUUAUUUUCAUGACCUUCUUCUCAGACAGGAAGUACCUCUGGGGUUUCACUUUGAUUGGUUGGGGUGUUCCUGCGGUGUUUGUGACCAUCUGGGCCAGCGUCAGGGCCACACUUGCAGACACCGAGUGCUGGGAUUUAAGUGCAGGGAACUUAAAAUGGAUCGUGCAAAUCCCUAUUCUCACAGCAAUUGUUGUAAAUUUUUUGUUAUUCCUGAAUAUUAUAAGAGUUUUGGCAACAAAACUCAGAGAAACUAAUGCAGGGAGAUGUGACACGAGACAACAGUACAGAAAGUUGUUAAAAUCCACCCUAGUCUUGAUGCCAUUGUUUGGGGUUCACUACAUAGUGUUUAUGGCGAUGCCCUAUACAGAGGUUUCCGGGGUACCGUGGCAAAUCCAGAUGCAUUAUGAGAUGCUAUUUAACUCAUUCCAGGGAUUUUUUGUUGCAAUUAUAUACUGCUUCUGCAAUGGAGAGGUCCAGGCAGAAAUCAAGAAGUCAUGGAGCAGGAGGACACUUGCUUUGGACUUUAAAAGAAAAGCUCGUAGCGGCAGUAACACGUACAGCUAUGGACCCAUGGUGUCCCACACCAGCGUCACUAACGUGACCGCACGGGGCCCCCUGGCCCUGCACCACACCACCCGCCUGGGGCCCGUCACCAUCAACGGCCAUCGGAACCUUCCGGGUUACGUGAAAAACGGCUCCGUCUCCGAGAAUUCAAUUCCGUCCUCGGGUCAGGAGCUUCAUAUACAGGAGGAAGAACCUUCGAAGGACUUUCACGAAGAAAAAACGACCCCGGUUGUAGAGGAAGAAAGGGAAACGGUCAUGUGACUUUGCAGACCUCAAAAAGAUGACACGUGUCAUACGUCAUUAUGAAAAUACAUUAAAGGAUGAAGGAGUCCUUUGUUCCUCAGGAUUUUCUCACAGUUUUGGUUGUGGGACCAUCUCAGAUGUUUUGAGCUACAAUUGGGGGGGGGGGGGGGUUUGGCAGUGACGGACUGUGAUCAGCGUCUUUUAAAUGAGCCACAAUGUUUUUGCAAGACUGGAAAAUUUAUACAGACACCAGGAAUUCGGAGAAUAAGUUUGGAGGAUAAGAACAAAAAUUUCUGGUGAAUACCCUUUAUAUGUUGCACGUGUGUUUCUGCGUUGUGAAUGAAAUGCUGUCGCUUUCAGGUUCUCCUCUCCAUUAUAUACAGAUUGUGCUCCAGGAUAAAGCCAUGGGAAGCAGAUGGCAGUGUGGACAGUAAAUUGUAAAUAAGAAUUUCAUGUUAUUUUAAAUACAUUUAAAACUAAGAAUUGUUUUUGAUCAGCACUAAUGUCUUUUUAUUUACUGCAAAUAGCGAAACCAUCUCGAACAUUUGCCAGUAGAGGCACUUUGUAUAUUAUGGAAGCAGGAUUUUGUUAGUAGAAUGUUAUAUUUAUACAAUGUUUAAGCCUUGAGCAAUAGUGUUUAAUUUAUCCACUAGUUUGAUACGUGGAUUUGCCAAAUCUUGCUUUAAAGCUAUCUGUUUUCUUCAUGGUGUUUGGUGGUGAAAAUGAAAAAUUAUUUGCUCUUAAUUUGUGUAUAUUUAUACAUUGAGUUAUUGAUAGAAUUCAAAUGUUAAGGAAAGUCAAGACAUAAAAAUGUUGGAGCAUUGCUAUAAGGUUGCUAGGGUGUUCAGUGUGGUUGCUAGGUGGUUGCUUACUGACCCAAAUUAAAAUUAUAGUCUGUUGUAUUAUUUACUUUCUUUACUUAGAAAAACCAUGGCAUAACUUUCUGCAACAAGCAGCAUGAUUUGAUGUGUCGCUAUAUUGGGACGGGACAGUUUACAUGCUAAAGGUAAACACUUAGGAGGAGAGAAUUUAAGAAACCUCUGAUGCUAAAGCACCACUAAUUAGCACAUUAUGAAAUACAUUAGUGUAUAUUAAUAUGGUUCCGAACAAAUAUAAAUAGUUAUAUAUGUUAUACAAAGUCAGCUUUAAUUGAAAUAUUUUCAUAAAUAGUCACAUUUGAAUGCACAAAAAAUAACCUGUUGCUAACCUUUUAAAAUGUUUUGAAAUCAUUUUGAAAGUUAUUAUAAUGUAUAGCACCAAAUGUACCCUACAUGUUCAAUGUCUUCUUCUUACAUUUUCAUUUCAAAUCCUGAUUAUUUUUUCCCAUAGUCUGACUGAAGACAACUAUGAAGCAUCCGGAAAAUGAAUACAUUAAUUUAUUAUUGCAGCUUUGUAUGUUGUUUUCAAGGAGCUCUUUGAACCUUAUCCGCGCAGAGUUAUGAAAGCUGUUUAUUAAAACCAUUUCUGAAUUUAAUUUAUCACUUUCAUCUGUUAUAACGAAGAAAGCCCUUUUUUAUAUUAUGUACUAUAAUUUCAUUGAACUCAUGCCUCCCUCCAUAAGAUGCUUAUUUUACAGUUCUUUGUUUUAUCCCAAUGCAUUUUAUGAGCAGCUAAAAAUCACCAAAUGCCAAAUUGCAAUCAUCUCAUUUUUUUAUUGCUAUCUAAGCUAUGUUUUACCCUACUUCUGUAUAUGGUGCUUAUUAAUAAAUUCAUUAUUUAUUGGUAUUGAAUUUGGCGUCAAUAUUAUACACUUUUAAAAAUUAAGAUUCCUAAAAGGUUCUUUGUUGUGCUGUAUGGUUUUAUAAAGGACGUUUAACAUCUUUAAACCCUUCCUGCCACAGAACCCUUUUUAGCCCCUUUAUUUUUAAGAGUGUAAAGGCUCAUGGUUUAUGUAUGAUUUAUCAUUCUGCUGCUUUUGUAAGGUAUGUGUGUACAUUAAUUUUGUGGAUAUAUAAAUCGGUCUGAAUGUUUACAAAACAUGAUAAUGUCCAUGCUGUUAUGAGCUAAAUUAACAUGUCCAUUCUGUAUGUUAUACUGUAUGAUUAUGAAACCUUUUUAUUCAGGGUUGCAAUUUUAUAUGCAGACCAUUUCAAAAAUAAUGAAUUAUUGAGAAGUAAAUUGCUGUACAAAAAUACAUGCUGAUAUUCAGAUUUUUCCGCUAAUCUGAUUUUUGCAUACUCUGCAUUGGUUUAAAACAUUAUUAUCUUAAACUUUAAAUGGUUUUAUUUAUCAAAAGCAACACACAAAAAGACAUUCAGCUUUUCUUUUAUAACUCAAGUUUAGUUGAGUUACAGUACAGAUGUUAAUGUGCAUAUUAGUUUUAGCAUUGAACAUUUUUUUGUAUUUAUCUUCUCAAAUUAAAGCUUUUUGGUUCUGUUGUAAAAUGUACUCCGUUUUCGCACUUUAUAUGCCUUGAUGCUCAAUACGGAUUCAGACUGUUUGUAAUUUUUUCAUCAUUCCCUCAUCAGUAUCGUAUUUAGUGCUGAUCAUGUGCAUUGUUAAU